AUGGCGUUGUUGCCGGAAACCAUCGGGAACGUCAAGGAAUUAUCACUAACGCGCAAAAAUGACAACAGCCUUCAAGAAUCCCCCAUUCAGGAUUUCAGAAGAAGCUGGGGUGAAUUCGACAUGCAGAUCACCCUUCACGCCGACAAGGAUCACUACGUGACACACGACCUCAACUUUGCACAGACACGCUACGAGUCCAAGCACGUCAUCACAUUCAAAAACCCCAAGCCUGCCUUAUUGGCAGCCCUUCGUGAAUCAGGUCCCGUCCCCGGAGACGAGAAUGGAGUGAAAUCUAAGCGUUCCGCAGCCAGCGAAGAAGGAUCAAAGAAGAAGAAGCGAACAGAGAAGAGCGUGGAUAUGGACAAGUUAGCCGACGGCCUCCAACGACUCGGAGAAGAUGAUCUUCUCCAAGUGGUGCAGAUGGUACACGAUAACAAAGCCCCAGACUCGUACACCAAAAACGACGUCGAACAGGGAGAAUUUCAUGUCGAUCUUUAUACCUUACCAGACACGUUGAUCAAGAUGCUGUGGGAUUUCACGCAAGAGAAGGGCGCUCUGUGA